AUUAUUAGAGUCUCUAAUUAUUAUAACCCAAAUGCGACCAAGUCAUCGGCCAACUUCAUAUCAUUAUUCUUCCUUAACAGGCCAUAACUCACACAUUAGUUCACAAUAACCAUACCUAUACCAAAGCAUUUCAUUAAUACAGCUACUUUUCAGCCAGCCGAGUUGAUCACUACCACGAGAAAGCCUUCCAAUGGCUGAACUUUCUUUAGUAUUACCGUCAAUCGCGGCGAUGCGACUAGAGCCUCAUCUACCACCCUUGCAGCCAACGUCCUCUCCAGAGGACGUAUCUUCGUCGUCUAAACUACCCUUCGUCACACUAACAUUUGCCACUUCACUUGAUUCAGCGCUAUCCCUCGGGCCGGGUAUUAGAACGGCUCUUUCAGGUCCAAAAUCAAAGGCUAUGACCCAUCAUCUUCGCAGUCGCCACGAUGCCAUCUGUGUUGGGGUCGGGACAGCUAUAGCCGAUGACCCAGGGCUGAACUGUCGUCUCGCGGCUGAUGCUCCGUCCUUGGAGACUUCGCCGACCGGUGAUACAGCUGGCGUCGGCGCUCUCUUAGGACUUGCCUCCAUCUCAACCAAGCAAUCUGUGAUCGAUGAAACUAACAGCGCCAUGACUGCGCGUCAACCUCGGCCCAUAGUUAUCGACCCAAGAUUACGUUGGGAUUUCACUUCCGAGAGCAAAGUGAUGAAGCUGGCUCGGGCAGGCAAAGGCUUGGCUCCAUACAUCAUAACAGCUAUACCUAACCCCCCAGAAGAUAAGAAGAAAUUAUUACAAGAUCAUGGCGGGAAGUUCAUCGUCCUAACCCAACCUCAAAACACUAUAUCUGACGUGGGUCUAAACAAUCGUCGUUUUGAUUGGCGUGCCAUCUUAGCAGCCGUACGGAACGAGGGGCUACAGAGCAUCAUGAUCGAAGGCGGCGGCGAGGUGAUCAACUCACUCCUUUCUAAGGAAAAUUCACAGCUAAUUGACUCGGUUAUAAUAACUAUCGCGCCCACUUGGCUCGGUCAGGGGAGUGUCUUUGUUUCUCCAGCUCGAAGUGUCAAUCCCGACGGUAGCCCGAGCCCUGUAGCUCGGCUUUCAAACAUAACAUACAUGCCCCUUGGAGAAGAUCUAGUCCUAUGUGGAAACUUUGCAUCCCAAGAUUAAUACUUCUGGCUAUGCUAAUGGUCCUCUAUAAAGUUCUGAGUGCAUCGUGCUUGAUGAUCACGUGGCUCCAAAUAUUAUAUCGACACGAUGAGACUUCUCUUCCUGUGAAGUUGUCUCGAAUAUUCUCUGGCGUGAGGUCUUUGAUAUCUUGGGUCCCGAUCUUUCGUAUAUAUUCAUCUAAACUAUAAAAUUAUCAGCGAUGGCCAGGUAUCAAGGA